AUGUUUAAACCCACAACUUACAGCGAAUUAUAAAAAAGAAAGAAAAUGAUUAUUGGAAUGCAUAUGAUUGAUCCCUCUGAUAGAUAUCAUUAUUUUAACAUAGCAGGAGCAAAUAAUUAAAUGAUAUAGAAAACAAGUUCCCUCAUCUAAUAAUAUAAAUAUGAGCAUCUUACUCCUAGAUAAAUGAUGACACUACCUGUUACACCAAAUAGCAAAUAUCCUUCCUUUUUUGAAUAGACUUAAUUAUUAGUCUCGAAAUAAGUUAACAUAUCCCCAAGAAUAAUAUAAGCAAAAUAACAAACAAAACCAUUACUGAAGUAAUUAAAAACACAAUUAAUCGAUAAAAAAAGGAAUGAAUCAUUUAGAGUCAAAGAAACAAUACCUAAUUAAAGUAAGAAAAAGAUGAAUAAUUUGAAAAAAAAAAUCCUAUUGGAAUUGGCUUAACCUUCAGAGUUUGAUGAUUUUGUUGAUUAUGUAUGUAAUAAGAAAUUAAUAUGA